CCACAAUCAGUCACUGAGUAACCAGUGCUGUGUACAUAGCCAUUGUAAGACAUAGUUCAGAAAUGUGCGGAGAUAUGGGAAAGGCUGUAUUGAGGGCGCUGACGGGAGCGCUCCUCUGCGGGUUGGUGUCUGAUGCUGCUUAUUUACAGAAAUAUGAAUCAUAUCCGUUCCGGUAUGAGCAGGCGGUGUAUAAGAAGCCUUUGAGAGAACACGAGAAGCCUCAGGACCUUAGCAACGUCCCCGGGGUUCCUGGAGUCGACUUCCCGAUAUACCACUCAGUACCAGAGACCAGCUUUUCGUGUGCUCAUGUACCUAUCCAUCCUGGAAUGUAUGCCAACGUAGAAACUGGAUGUCAGGCAUAUCACGUGUGUCAUGACGGCCGCGAGGGCCACCAGGGCGCGUCAUUCCUUUGUACUAACGGAACGCUGUUUGAUCAAACAAAAUUUGCUUGCGAUUGGUGGUACAAUGUCGACUGCUCUAAGGCUAUCGAACACUAUAAACUGAACGCGGAUCCUUUAAAGAACCCAUACGUGCCGAAGCCGAAGCCCGAAGAAUUGCAAGAAGAGCCGCACGGCGUUUACUAUAGAAAAUCAUAUGAUUAAGUUAGCUAUCAUGAGUAUAAAAAAAUAAUUUAGUUUUCAACAGACUUUCAAUUAUCUAUAAACAUCAUUAAUUUAAUCAAUUCAUUAAAAUUGUCAUGACAUCCGUGUAGAUGAAAAUAAUUCAUAUUAGUGAUUUUAACAUACAACAAUUUAAUAAGACAUUAUUUGUAUUUAUUUUACAUUCAUCGAAAUGUCAUUUCACAUUCAUCAUCAUCAAAGCACUCCAUUUAUUUUUAAUCAUCGUUUCAUAUCGCAAUUUCAACUUUACCUUUAUUUUUCGAAUGUCGAAAAAUAUUCAUGAU